UCCUGCAAAUUGGGAUCCUGAUUCGUUUCCCUUAUAAUAUCUACUCUGCCGAUUACAAAGCGAAAAAAGUAUUUCGAGUUUCCCGCCAUGGUAUCCAUGGAAGUCGACACUAGCAGUCUUCAGAGAAAACAAUCUCUCUAUCAAUCUCAGGAUGAGAGGUUUGAGAUCAAGAUGGAGAAGUAUACUGGUCAACAGUACAGUCAAAUAUAUUUCGCUCGACUUCACAAAAUGAGAGCCAUUCUCUACUCACUCGUCGAGAAAUGGAAACCCCAAUUACCUGUUUGUACUGUUUUGGAUCUGGAAUUAGGCAAAGAAUGUAUAAUUGUUGGGACUCUAUACAAACAUAUGAAGCUAAAGCCUUGUAUUCUUGAUGAAUAUUCUAAGGAGAGAUCUGUAGUUCCUGUUGAGAAACCUCAUAAUUUUAUGCAUUCUGAUGACCAACUUGUUUUGGAAGAUGAGAGUGGAAGAGUAAAACUUGGUGGGACUUUUCUAGCACCUUCUAAGUAUGUUACAGGAGUUGUGGUGGCUCUUCAUGGAAACGAAACCACGAGCGGUGAAUUUUCUGUUAUAGAUAUCCUAGACCGUGGUCUGCCUCCCCAGAUCGAGUUGCCACUUGAUUCAGGAGAAGACAAGUUUGUGGUUUUAGUGUCAGGACUAAGCAUUGGAAAUGAAAAGUCCAAUCCUCUCAAUGUCCAGCUUCUAGUUGAUCAUAUAACGGGGCAUUUAGGGGAUGCGAAGGAGCAAAAUAUGUCAUCCCAAAUAGUCCGAGUAGUUAUUGCUGGCAAUUCAGUUGAAUUACCACUUGGACUUGUGAAAGGACAGACUUUGGCUGCUAAGGACCACUCCAAGCUGACCGAGCUGAUCAAGGAGCUUGAUAUCUUGUUGACUCAGCUUGCAGCUGCUGUACCAUUGGAUAUCAUGCCAGGGCCCAGUGAUCCUGCAAACUUUUCUUUGCCUCAGCAGCCUUUGCACCGAUGUCUUUUCCGUGGAGCAUCAACUUAUAAUACUUUCACCUCGUGUACAAACCCUCAUUGGUUUGACCUUGACAACAUCAGAUUUCUUGGAACAUCAGGUCAGAACAUAGAUGAUCUGGAGAAGUACUCAGAAGCAAAAGAUAAACUAGAUUUUAUGGAGCGAACAUUAAGAUGGAGACAUCUAGCACCAACCGCACCGAACACCCUAGGCUGUUAUCCAUUCACUGAUAGAGAUCCUUUCCUUAUUGAGAACUGUCCUCAUGUAUAUUUUGUUGGUAACCAGAGUAAAUAUGAUACUCAGUUGUUAAAAGGAUCUGAGGGUCAGUCAGUCAGACUCAUCUGCAUUCCUAAAUUUUGUGAAACUGGAAUCGCGGUCGUUCUGAACUUGAAGAAUCUUGAAAGCCAUACUCUCAGUCUUUCAACAGAUUUGGACUUAUAAGAAGGCACAUUUAAACCUACAGCAGUUCGUAUCUAUCGUCAUCCGACUUAUAAGAAGGCACACUUAAGUGACAACUUUUGUUCAUUGCCAAUCCGUGUUUCUUGGUUUAUUAUGGGAAUUUUACAUGUCAACUCUCUAGUCAAUUCUGCGGUUUUGAGUUUAAUCAUUUGUGUAUUUGAUAGUUUUCAGAUGUUUAAUUGUAAGUUCUAAUUUCCAGAAGAAGGCACAACACUUGUUUAUUGUCAACCCGUGUUUCUUGGUUUGUUGUGGGAAUUUUACAUAUCAAUCUGUUUAUUUGAUCAUUUGUGUGUUUGAUCAUUUUAGUGAA